AUGCUUCUUUCGCUCGCUACGCUUGCAACAGCGGCUGCUUUACCUUUUGCAGCCAUUAAACAGGACCCCAAACCGCUCGCUCUUGACUUUAGUGUCUUUAGAGACUUUGGUCCAGAAUCGAAAUUCUGGAACUUCGCCUUUUUUCGUAACCUAGGCCUGGAUUUAACUAAACGGUACGAGUCUACACAGCUUGCUAACCACAAUAACGUUAACUACUGGCUUGACAUCUACUUGGGUGCUGAGAGUGAGAAAAUUACGGUAUCUUUGGAUACUGGCCUGUCUGACUUAUGGGUUUAUGGCCCAAAUAUAUCUAAUUCAGAGGGAGGUACGUUCGAUACUGAUCAGUCUGGAAGUAAGCCAGUGAAUGAGUCUUUUAAGAUAGGAUACUUGGACGGCUCAGGUGCUCUGGGUGACUACUAUACUGAUGACUUUUCUUUACUGAAAUUGCAACCACUUUUGAAGGAUUUCCAGUUUGCUGUUGUUGACGAGGCCAAGUUCAGUGGGCCAGGCAUUCUUGGUGUUUCAAGCAAGGCCGUGGAGACCACGCCUAAUAAGUAUGAUAACUUACCUUUCGCUUUGCAGGAAGCUGGAAUUACACCAAAGGCCAGCUACUCUUUGUUUUUGGGAUCUGAGAAUGGAGACAAGGGAACUAUUAUUUUUGGAGGUAUUGAUAAAAAUAAGUACGAAGGUGAGUUGAAGAAAUAUCUGAUUCCAGAUAACGAUGAUGCCUUAUCAUUAAACGUGGUAUCCCAGUCAAUUGAUGGUAAGGACUACAAUGAAACAACAAAGUACCUUUUGGAUCUGGGUACUUCCUGGAACUUAUGGCCUGAAGAGGUGUAUAACAAUACUGUCACUGCUUUGAAUGCUACAAAGAAAGACGAUUCUCAUGUUGCAGACUGCAACCAGCCAACCGAUAAAUUCUUGGAGUUUAACUUUGGCGAAAAUCUGAUUCAAGUCUCUUACAAGGAUUUGUUGGUGGAAUGGAAUGGUGAAUGUCUCCUUGGAGCCCAGCCAGGGCAGAAGACGUUCAUUCUUGGUGAUGUUUUCUUGAGGAAAGCGUAUGUGUACUAUGAUCUCAGCAACAAGGAAAUCUCUGUUGCCCAGUUUAAGGACUCGUUGACGUCGAACAUUGUUCCCGCUUGA